AUGGGAUGGUCUCUGUGGUUCUUCAAGAAUGACAAGAGCAAAACAUGGCAGGCCAACCUGCGACUCAUCUCGAAGUUUGACACGGUUGAAGAUUUCUGGGCUCUCUACAAUCACAUCCAGUUGUCAAGCAACCUCAUGUCAGGCUGUGAUUAUUCUCUUUUUAAGGAUGGCAUUGAACCCAUGUGGGAGGACGAGAGGAACAAGCGUGGCGGCCGCUGGCUGAUCACACUCACCAAGCAGCAGAGGAGAUUAGACCUGGACCGCUACUGGCUGGAAACACUCCUGUGCUUAGUCGGAGAGGCCUUUGACGACUACAGCGAUGAUGUGUGCGGAGCCGUGGUCAACAUCCGCACAAAAGGAGAUAAAAUAGCAGUCUGGACAUCAGACUAUGAGAACCGGGAAGCUGUAACACACAUAGGGAGAGUUUACAAGGAGCGCUUGGGGCUUCCCAUGAAGAUGACUAUUGGCUACCAAUCCCACGCAGACACAGCUACCAAAAGCGGUUCAACCACCAAGAACAAAUUUGUUGUUUGA